AUGGCCUCGAUACGAGAAACUACUCGGGUUGACGAGAAAUCGGUAUACAUUGCCAAAGAGACUGGACAGGACACAGCCAUUGGAGAAUUCGUGGAAUAUCAUGCAUCUCCUGAAGAAGAACGACGACUUCUACGGAAAUUGGAUUUGUUUAUGAUUCCAGUGAUGGGAGUUUGCUAUAUGCUUCAGUAUAUGGACAAGCUCGCAAUCAGUCAAGCGACUCUUUUGAAUCUACGCGCCGACCUGCAUCUCGUUGGUAAAGACUAUACAUGGUGCUCAGCGGUGUUUUAUUUCGGAUAUUUGGCCUGGAGUUGGCCUACAUCUUACUUGAUCGUGCGUCUGCCUUUGGGAAAGUAUCUGGCUGUAUCAGUAUUUAUAUGGGGUGGUAUCCUCAUGUGCCACGCAGCCUGCCAAAACUACGCAGGCUUGGUGACAUGUCGAUUCUUCCUCGGUAUCGGUGAGGCUGCUGUUGCACCUGGAUUUGGUCUCAUCACUGGAAUGUUCUACAAGAGAGAAGAGCAGCCGGCUCGUCAAGGUGCAUGGUUCGUCGGAAACUGUAUCGCGAAUAUCAUCGGAGGUGUCGUUGCUUGGGGUAUUGGAAAUUCUGCAUCUGGAAUUGAAAGCUGGCGACUUUUAUUCCUCGCCUUGGGCGCAAUUACCUCCGGCUACUCGAUCGUUCUCUUCUUCGUUCUCCCCGAUUCUCCUUCGAAGGCAUCCUUCCUUACCGAAACCGAGCGAUUGAUCGCGACACAGCGGACAAUGAAGAACAAGACAGGAUCUGUGGAAGAGACUUCAUUCCAAUGGAGUCAAGUGUUGGAUGCUGCGAAAGACCCACAGGCGUGGCUGCUGGUUCUGUAUACAUUCUGUGUCAACCUUUGCAAUGGAGGUCUGACUAGCUUCUCCGCUAUCAUUAUUUCAGGCUUCGGCUACUCGGAUUUCAAGUCAUUGCUCUUACAAAUGCCUAUGGGCCUUUCUCAACUCAUCUUUCUCAUCAUCACCGCAGGAUUCGCCACAUACGUCCCCAAAUCCCGAAUCCUAUCGAUGAUCUUCAACUGUAUUAUCUCAGUUAUUGGUCUAGUUCUGAUCUAUACCCUGAAUGAUACCCAUAAGGUGGUGAAAUUGGUCGGCCUUUGCUUUGUGGCUGCAUUUGCCGUCAACAUUCCACUGAGUCUCAGUAUCGUUACCUCUAACGUCGCUGGAGCUACAAAGAGAAGUACCAUUAGUGUUGCUGUCUUUGCUGCCUACUGUGUCGGUAACAUUGUGGGACCUCAAUUCUUCUACGCUUCACAGGAUCCCGUAUACCAGAGUGGUCUCGAGGCAUCCCUAUGUGGAUUGGUUCUCGGAGUUUUCUUUCUGGGAGUCCUAUACAUUUACUACGUCUGGGAAAACAAGCGACGUGACUCUCUUAGCCAGGCUGCUGGAGAGGUCACUUAUGACGAAGCUGCGGAUCAGCUUGACAAGACAGAUAAACAGGUACCCAGCUUCCGUUACCGACUUUAA